GUUCUAUUUUAAAGUUGCGGGGUGGUGUGGCGUUCCUCCAUUUACUAGACUUAGUGAAUUUAGUGCUAUGCCAUUUUCCGCAUCGGCGAUGUUAUGACGGAUAUAUUCCGUGCUGGCCCUACGAAAAGUACCGUCGUACUGUACUUCACUACUGUGCAGCUUAACUCUAUCCAUGGCCUUAACAUGAAUGGCACAUGUCCCUAGAUCCCUACCAGGAUCUACUGUGUAGAUACGUACCCAACUCCAACUCAAUUGGGCACUCCACUUUCUCCUGAUAUCAAAUCAUUUCCACAUUCGUGAGCAGUUUGAAGAACGAGGAAUUUCUAUCACAUUUCGCUACGUACCCUUUCGAUGACAUGGGCAUGGGUCUUCGUCAAUAAUCACCAAUCAAAAUAAUCCACGCCUCCACCCUGCAGACACGAGGAAAGCGAGCCCAACCCCCCUGCCCCCUCUUUUCUACCCCUAUCCCCCUGUCCCCGCUAAGAGCCUCAAAAAUUUUGAUCCGUGCUGUCUGUGUGUCGUCAGUCGAUUUUUUUCCGGGUUAAGAUCCUCUAGAGUUAGAAGGCAAGGGUCGUGAGUGAGUUUAGUGAGGAAGGAUCUAAUGCAAAUGGCCCUCACGAGCCGCAUCGCGCUCCACGGCCCUCCUACCUCGGAUCCGGAGGACUUCUUCGGCUCCGCCCUCGGCGUCAUUUUUCCGGACGACGUGACGAACCAGCACGGCGACGCGGACCAUUCCCUCUUAUACACAUCCCCGCAUCUUCCCCGGCCUCUGCAUAUAGCUCUCGCGGAUCCGCAUCGGGAGAACGAUCGCAAGUUGUUCAGUCAUUAUCUCUGGAACGCGAGUUUGCUCCUUGCGGAGUUUGUGGAGGCGGGUACUUUGAGGAUACCCCUAGAUCUAGGAUUGGGUAGGCUAGGACCAAGUGAUUUCGAUGCCACGGGUCUCACAUGUCUGGAGGUAGGCGCCGGCACCGCGUUACCAAGCCUGAUGUCUGCGCUGCUCGGUGCCAAGGACGUAGUCGUGACGGAUUAUCCUUCUGAUACCGUCCUCAGCACCUUGCGCAAAAAUGUCAAGGUCAACGCUAAGCCUGAAAACUCCCCUAGUAGCAUCCUCGCGCCAGUCACAGUCGAGGGUCAUUCCUGGGGCGAACUAGACACACCCUUCGCGACGGCGAACCGCAAUCGUUUCGACCGCGUUUUCGUCUGCGAUUGUCUGUGGAUGCCAUGGCAACACGCCAAUUUGCAUAAAUCCAUCGCGUGGUUCCUCAAGGAUGCCUCCGCGCGAGCGUGGGUUAUAGCUGGCUUCCACACAGGAAGACAGAAGAUGAGUGGCUUCUUUGAGGACGAGGUUUUAGCGGAGGCCGGUCUCGAGCUUGAGAGCAUAUGGGAGCGCGAUUGUGAUGGUGUUGAGCGUGAGUGGGUUUGGGACCGCGGGCAGGAGGAUGUUAGUGAGCGAAAGAGGUGGUUAGUUGUUGGCGUAUUACGGCGGAGAACGUCGUCCGCAAUUGAAGGGUGAGGCCACAUAAAAGAAAUUCGAAGCCCGAACUUGGCCUGCAAACAAUAUUCACUAUUUCAGACUUCAGUUUGCAUAAAUCGCGAGAUCUAACUUAUUCAACGAUGAAGUCAUAAGGCUUCUACGGCCCAGCAAGAACCCCAAAUUCUCUCCUCGUAGUUUGCUGUAUAUAUAAAGACAUAAAAGUUUAGAUACCCACAAAGAACAUUAGGGAGACUUUCACAUUCCGAGACGGCGACUCUUGCAUCUAGAUACCUUAGCAACAGGGUAAUGUGAGUUACAAUUGAUCCAAAGUCAAUAUAUAUAUACGUAUAA